AUGGCAACUGCCGUGGCAAAAGGUACGAUCUUAUCACCGAGUCCCGUCGAUACGCCGGUACGGUGUGAGCUGCAGGUGACCGAGGCGCCGCUCGAGGCAUUCCAUCUCUGCACUUACAGCCGUAUCAUGGCGAUAAAGAGGUAUAGCAUGCUGAUAUGGUGAGCGUACAGGCAUAAUCUUGUCCAUCUCCAUCAUCACGGCCCUAGGAUUGGCGGUAUACGAGAACCCGCAGGUGCAAGAAUGGCUGGAAGAGCAACGACGGAAGCUUGCUGAAUUGCUACGACAAAUUGGACAAGACCUUGAUCCACAAAGUCGGCAGGCUGCGGAGGCUUUCGCUUUUGAGGGGCGGACACCAGCGAACAACGAGAGUCUUCGGAGGGAGGCUACAGGCAGCCAAGAUGCUGCAGCCCUAGCAACCGGACGACGGCUCUCGAAUGCCACAACUGUACGCCGGAUACCUAUUGGAGGUCCUGCAGAUCCGCAAGAGGCCGAAGAAAGGAGAAGGAAAGGCAGAGAGUACCUAGCACGUCGCAACCAGCAGAUGUACGAGUUGCAGCAAAAGCGAAAGGCGGCAGCCAAGGAAGCUGGAGAAGCCACGCCGCCCACACCGACGUUCGAUGAGCUUGUCGAUUUGGAAGGCAAGCUGAAGGCUCCAGUAAUCGAGGAAAAGCAACUACCGUCGCUCCCGGCGGCGGAUCUACCACCAGAGCCAGUACGAAACGAGAUGAGAGAGAUCGAACGCAACCUGUCCCAACCGAUGUGGGCUGCCCACUCCGGCUCCGCAGGCCCGAGUGAUUGGCAAUCUGGAUCAUCUUUCGCAAAUCCCUUUGGCGAUGAAUACGCACUUGAGCGGAGUGAGACGCCGAAGCCACCUGUGCCACCUAAGAUCGAGCUUGACAGAGCGCGAACACCGCCCAUCACUAUCCCUGGAAGCUUCUCGCCAGUUACGACAGAAGAACCAUCAGGGCCAGAGCAACCGAACUACGAAGGCCUCAGCUAUGAAGAGCAGCUUGCCGUUGCACUUUCUUUGUCGGAACAAGAAAGCUCAAGCAACUCAGCAACCGUAAGGCAAAGUCAGCCUGAGGAGGACGACGAUGACCUUCGAGCGGCAAUUGCGGCAAGCAUCAGAGAAAUGGAUGACCAGCAAGCUGCUUUCGCGAUCGCCAAUGCAGAGCAGACGGCUCCACAGCGACUUCCAGCAGAGCCGCAACUCUUAGUAGACCUUACGCCCUCGACACCUUCAGCCUCAGUGCCUGUUCGCAGCCCCUGGGAGGAGCUGUUUGACCCGCCAAUACCCCUCGGCACAACUAACGCAGCCUCGUCAGAAGCGUCAGACGAGCUAUAUCGACUCACUCCAGAGCUCACACGGGCACGUCUUGCAACCUUUGAUGCUCAGCAGCCAGCGGUGGUCGCUCCACCUUCUUCUGCAGGCUCUAGCCUUCCGUUCGAUCCGGUCCGCGAAGCUGUACAUACGGAAACGCCGUCGGCACCAGCAGAUGUCAUGGAUCUAAGCUUCUUCUCAGCGCCCGACCAAGCUCCGUCGCCUGCUAGCACUCACACACCUGAUCGUGACACACUCCAGUUGAUCGAUGUGAAUGAAGACCGCCCCGAUGGCACACGUACUCCUACAUCACGCGCUCACUCGUCCUUCGGCUUCCAGACCGACUCAGACUCUGACACAUUUGCUUCAGUUUCCGCGCCUGUCUCGCGGCCACAAUCCCCACCGCAUAGCGAGAUGUCGGAAGUGGAAGUAGUGGACCUUAUCGAGGAUAGCGAUGUGGACAUGCUGUCUGAAGAAGGUGAUGGCGUGGCAACACCCGACAGCUGGUCCGAGGUGGGCUCACGCGAUGCAGACAGUGAAGCGGAGGAACCCCAGCAUCAGCCCUCGCGGGUGACCCUAUAA